AUGUCAGAAACCACCGCAACAAUCCCCUCCCUCUCCCUCGGAACCGGCCACAGCAUCUACAAAACCACCCUCCUCCCCGCCAUCCAGUCCGCCCAACACUCCGUAAUCCUCAUAACCUGCUUCUGGUCCCGCUCUCGCACGCUCGACGCCCUAAACGAGACCCUCCUAAAACUCUCCAGCUCCGCCCUCCAGCGCGGCGACGGCAAAAAGAUAACCGUCCACAUAGGCUUCUCCUCGUCUUCUCUCUUCCAGAAAUUAUUCCACACGUCCUCGGCUGCGGGACAGGUGUAUCCGCCGGAGGUAUGGACGAGGAAGUUGGGGUUGCUUGGGGAGGAGGAUUUGGGCGGGUUGGAGGUGAGGGUUAAGAGUGUUUUUUUGUGGCCGUUUAGUGUGUGGCAUCCGAAGUUUGUGAUUAUUGAUCAGACGCGAGUCUUUCUCCCUUCAUGCAACGUUUCGUGGGAGGAUUGGUUUGAGGGGUGUGUGGAGAUGAGGGGGCCGAUUGUGGAGGACUUUGUGAAGUUUUGGAGGCAGAAGUGGAGUGGUGGGGAGGGGGAGUUGGGUGGGAGUGCGGGAGAUUUGUCGAGUGUGGAUGAAGGAAUUCCUGUUCAAGGGGAUGCUGCUGUGAGGUUGAAUGAUGUGCCUUGCAAGUUUCUACCUUCGGCGCAUCAUCGCAAUCCCAACUUUCGACUCCCGUGGCUGCAGUGCGCUCCUCCGCCAGCGACGACUCUCAACCUCGAACUCUUGAGACUAUUCACUGAUGCUAGAAAGGAAAUUUUUCUACAGACCCCCAAUGUCACAUCUCCGCCGGUGCUGAACGUGCUUCUGGAUGCGCUCAAGCGAGGCGUGGAUGUCAGAAUCACCACCAGCGAAAGACUCAUGAUUCUGGAGCAGCUCGUCACUGCUGGGACCACCACCGCCCGAUGUGUGAGAUGGCUCAUCAAGCGCCACCAGAGAUUGUCCAAGCGAGGCCCUGACGAGGAAGCUGGACUGAUAAAACCUGGCCGUCUGCAUAUCUCGUAUUACCAGCCCAAAGUCGUGACCAAGAGCAGUAUCACUGGAGGUGCGGAACCUGUCCAGUCGCAUUUGAAGUUGGCGGUGGUGGACCGGCAUGCGAUCGUCUUUGGAAGUGGCAAUAUGGACAGAGCUUCGUGGUACACCAGUCAGGAACUUGGAGUCGGCUUUUAUUCCAACGAGUUGGUUGCGAAAACCUUGGAAAAGCUGGAGGCGGCCUUGGAAGGCCGCAGAAAGCUCUUGUACGACAGUGAGGGCAAGUGA